ACAAGUUUUUCCUCCUGUCAAAGUCUUCUACCCCAACCCACUUCCGUUUUCCCCCUCUCUGACUCUGUAACUCAGCCUCUCAAAAACCCCAACACCCCUGUAACCACAGAACCAGGUAGAAUAAAAAGAGGAGAAGGUGAGAGAGUGAGAGAGUGAGAGAGAUGAUGAUGAUUCCCUAUUUCUCUCUAUUGUUGUUACUUCUGUCUGGUCUUUUCUGUUGCCUGAUCUCUGCAAGCAUCUCUCCCGGCUGGACGCUUCGAGUUGGGGGACCCAACACAAACUUGACAUCAGCAAACAACACCUUUUCUCUGUCCUUCAUCAGCGUCAACUCAAACAACCCAUCUUCAGUUGCCGCUGCAAUUUCCUACUCCGGCAUCCCUGUCUGGAUAGCCGGUGGCGACGACGGCGUUGUUGACUCCAAUGCGGCCUUUGAAUUCCGCACAGAUGGCAAUCUCCGCCUCGUUAAUGGAUCUGGCUACGUCGUCUGGGAGUCUAAGACGGGCAACCGCGGCGUUACAAUGGCGACGCUUGAAGACACAGGUAAUUUUGUUCUGAGGAACGACUCGGUUAUGGUUUGGUCUACUUUCGAUAAUCCAACAGAUACGAUCUUGCCGACCCAGAAUUUCACUAUGGAUAAGAGAUUGCGAUCUGGGUCUUACUCUGUUGUUCUUCUGAAGUCUGGAAAUCUGACUCUAAGAUGGAACGACACCAUAGUUUACUGGAAUCAAGGUUUGAAUUCGUCGAUUGAUGCGAAUUUGACGGCCCCCAGCUUGUCCCUUCAAUCUAUUGGACUUCUGUCGCUUUACGAUCUUAAGCUUGCUCAACCUGUUGUUGUGGCUUAUAGUAGCGACUAUGGAGAGGGUACUGAUGUUCUUAGGUUUCUGAAGUUAGAUUCUGAUGGAAACUUGAGAAUCUACAGCUCUGUUAAGGGUUCCGGUGCCUCCACUGAGAGGUGGGCUGCUGUUUUAGACCAGUGUCAGGUUUUCGGGUGGUGUGGUAACAUGGGGAUUUGUAGCUACAACGAUACCAAGCCUAUUUGUGGUUGCUCAUCUCAGAAUUUCGAGUUUGUGGAUCCGAAUGACAGUAGAAAGGGGUGCAAGAGAAAGGUAGAGAUUGAAGAUUGCCCUGGCAAUUCAACUAUGCUGCAACUGGAACAUACCCAGUUUUUGACUUACCUUCCUGAGCUCUCUUCCCAGGUCUUCUUUGUUGGAAUAUCCGGUUGCAGGUUGAAUUGCCUCGUAGGUGCUUCCUGUGUUGCGUCUACCUCUUUGGCUGAUGGAACGGGACAGUGUUAUUUGAAGGUUUCAGAUUUCGUUUGUGGGUAUCAAUCCCCUUCCCUUCCUAGUACUUCUUUUGUCAAGGUCUGCAGCCCAGAGCUUCCCAACUCACCCCCAUCUUCCCCGAGCUCAACCGAUACAAAGACUCGGGGGUUGCGUGCAUGGGUAGUUGUGGUUGUGGUUUUGGUAACACUGGUUGGGUUAGUCCUCUUGGAGAGUGGAUUGUGGUGGUGGUGCUGUAGGAAUAGCCCCAACUUUGGGGGAUUCUCAGCUCAGUAUGCUCUUCUUGAAUAUGCCUCUGGUGCUCCAGUCCAGUUCUCCUAUAAGGAGCUGCAGCGCUCAACAAAAGGGUUCAAGGAGAAGCUUGGAGCAGGUGGGUUCGGUGCUGUUUAUAGAGGGAUUCUUGCUAAUAGAACAGUGGUUGCAGUGAAACAGCUUGAAGGGAUUGAGCAAGGAGAGAAGCAAUUCAGGAUGGAAGUUGCAACAAUAAGCAGUACUCACCAUUUGAAUUUGGUGAGGUUGAUUGGGUUUUGCUCCGAAGGUCGCCAUAGGUUGCUGGUUUAUGAGUUCAUGAAAAAUGGCUCUCUCGAUAAUUUCCUUUUCACAACAGAAGAGCAGCCUGUAAGAUUGUUGGACUGGGAGGCCCGUUUUAAUAUAGCACUUGGAACUGCAAGGGGUAUCACAUACCUUCAUGAGGAGUGUCGGGACUGCAUUGUCCACUGUGAUAUAAAACCAGAGAACAUUCUGCUAGAUGAAAAUUAUAGUGCUAAGGUCUCAGAUUUUGGCCUUGCAAAGCUUAUAAAUCCAAAAGACCAUAGGCGGACCUUAACAAGUGUCAGAGGAACAAGGGGAUACUUGGCACCAGAGUGGCUUGCAAACCUUCCCAUAACAUCCAAAUCUGAUGUCUACAGUUAUGGAAUGGUUUUAUUGGAGCUUGUCAGUGGUCGAAGGAAUUUCGAAGUUUCAGCUAGCACAUCCCAUAAGAAAUUUUCUCUGUGGGCUUAUGAAGAGUUUGAAAGGGGAAAUAUAGAGAAUAUUGUUGACAGAAGGUUGACUGAGCAUGACGUGGAUAUGGAACAAGCAAUGAGAGCAGUUCAAGUGAGCUUCUGGUGCAUCCAGGAGCAGCCAUCUCAGAGGCCAAUGAUGGGAAAAGUGGUGCAAAUGUUAGAAGGGAUUACAUCUAUUGAAAAACCACCAGCCCCAAAGGCCACGACAGAGGGAUCUGUAAGUGGGACUAGCAUAAAUGCUAGUAGUAGUGUGAGUAAUUUCUCCACCUUUGCAGCUUCAGGUCCAGGUCCAUCCUCAACCUCAUCAUUCCAAGCCUUAGGAGUUCCAUCAUCUGUUUCAGGGAGGAACAUUGAGAGAACUUCAUCCUCUCUGCUUCAAAAUUGAACUUUGAACCCUCUUUCUCACAUUUAAUUUGUAUGACAGCUAGUUCAAAUUAUAAUCCUUCCAAAAAUCUUGUCUAUGAAGAAGACUAAUGCAGGUAAGUUUUGUUGUAUUGUUGUAUUGUUAUAACCUAAUUGUUAUAUACCCUGUAUUCUUGUUUUAUGUAUGGUUCAAGCUCUCAAAUUGAGAUUUUUCUUCCAUCUGUCAUGCAUAUACUCUUGUACAAGUUCAAUUUAACUAAGGAUUGCUUAUUUGGUCUA